AUGAUCAAUACUGAUGGCUCAGUGCAGCAACCAAGCUCGAAAGCUGCAGCAGGAGGUUUAAUGCGGGACCAUACAGGGAAAUGUAUGAAUGCUUUUAUCUCUAAUCUUGGCAUAUGCACCAUUACAAGAGCAGAGAUCAAAGCCGCUAUACAGGGGCUGAGAACAAGGUUCAGAAAGUAUUCAUUCACAUUGACUCGACUACGGCAUAUCAUAUCCUGA